CGUAACGAUUUGGACAUGAGAAUAAUUCCCUGCUCUGUGUUAGGCCUGUGCCUGUGCCUGGGUCUGGCUCUGGCUCUGUUUGCACUGCUGCCUGUGACAGCGGCUGAGCAGCGGGUUCAAAGCUCAAAGAUUUUGGCCGUAUUUCCAUUUACGGGCCGAUCGCAAUACAUAUUCGCGGAGCAGUAUCUGAAGGAGUUGUCGCGACGCGGCCACAACGUGACGGUAAUCAACACCUUUGGCAGCGAUCAAAAUGAGCCCAACUUUCGUGUGAUUGGCGCCACAAAGAUACACGAACUGAUGGCAGCGUUCUCCGCUGCUGGUUUCAGUCAGUCUGCCGGGCAGUGGAAAAUGCUGACCAUGACCACGGACUUUCUCAAUAUGCUCACCGCCAAUGUGCUGGAGGAUGCGGCUGUCCGGGAUCUACUGGCGAGUGGGGAGGGGACCUUUGAUCUGGUCAUCAUGGAAACGGUGCAGAACGAGGCGCUGUUUGGCUUGGCGCAGCAUUUUGGUGCCCUCACCAUUGGCAUCUCAUCGUAUGGCACCGAUCGACACAUCGAUGAGCUGAUGGGCAACAUAUCGCCGCUCUCCUACAAUCCCAUGCUGCUGUCAUCGCGCACCGAGCAAAUGAACUACGCGGAGCGUCUGUGGAAUGUGUGGGAGGCCGCUGUCGUCUGGCUGCACAAGCGCUUGAUACAUUUGCCCAGUCAGCGGCAGCUCUACGGCCAGUACUUCCCCCAGGCGCAGCUGUCGCUGGAGCAGGUCAUGGACAGCUUCGCGCUGAUGCUGCUGGGCCAGCACUUUAGCCUGAGCUAUGCCCGCGCCUAUCUGCCCGACAUGAUCGAGGUGGGUGGGCUCCAUCUGCAGCAGCAGCGCCAGGUGCAGCCACUGCCCGCGGACAUUGCGGCAUUUGUGGAGCAGUCGCCGAAUGGUGUCAUCUACUUCUCCAUGGGUUCGAACAUCAAGAGUGCCGAUCUGCCGCCCACGACACGCAAAGUCCUGCUGGACACCUUGGCCAGCCUGCCGCAGCGUGUGCUGUGGAAGUUCGAGGAUGAUCAGCUGGAGGACAAGCCAGAGAAUGUGUUCAUCGGCAAGUGGUUCCCACAGCCGGACAUACUGGCCCAUCCCAAUGUGAAGCUGUUCAUCACCCAUGGGGGUCUGCUCAGCACCAUCGAGAGCAUCUACUUUGGCAAGCCCGUGCUGGGGCUGCCCGUGUUCUACGAUCAGCAUUUGAAUGUGCAGCGGGCCAAGCAGGCGGGCUAUGGCCUGGCCGCCGAUCUCUGGCGCAGCAACAGCACAGAGCUGCAGUCGCUGAUCCGCGAGCUGCUCGACAAUCCCACGUACACGGAGGCGGCUCAGAUCAAGUCCAAGCUGUAUCGCGAUCAGAAGGAGACGCCCCUGGAGCGUGCCAUCUGGUGGACAGAGUACGUGCUGCGUCACCAGGGUGCCACACACUUGAGAUGCGCCUCACGGCAGCUGAAUUUUAUGCAGCUCCAUGGCUUGGACACAUGGGCUGUGAUUGGGGCUGUCGCUGUUCUAUCGCUGCUCGUCGUUGUGUUCGCUUUGAAGCUCUUAAUAGAAGCUUUGUGUUAUGUCAUUACCAAGCGUCGUGGCACACCGAACAAAUUAAAGAAACAGUAGAAAUUGUGAGCGG